AUUUUGUGUUUGUAUAAAUGAUCCCCAUUCCUCUUCUUGUUUCCUUGCAUUCAACAUUACUUUCAUGUCCCCCACUCUCUAAAAAAAAUCUCUCUAUUCAAUCCACCAAUAUUUCUUGAAAACCCUAGAAAUGGAAGGGCUUUGUGCUGAACAACAUCAUCACAAGUUUCAUCCCUCUCACCAACUUUACCUUAACAAGAAAUCUCUUCGUGAUAUUGACAUUCCCCCAAGAAAACUCCUCAGCCGCCGUUCUAAUCUCUCCGCCGACCCUGUCUCCGACAUGUUUAUGGACUCACCUAAAUCAGAUUCAGACACCCUUUUCCAGAAAUUCUUGCCUUACAACAGCCUUGACGAGGAUGAUUCUGAUCCGUACUCUUCCGACCACUUUCGUAUGUACGAGUUCAAGGUCCGCCGUUGUACUCGUAGCCGCAGCCACGACUGGACUGACUGCCCUUUCGCUCAUCCUGGUGAGAAAGCUCGUCGGAGAGACCCAAGAAGAUUCCAUUAUUCUGGAACUGUUUGCUCUGAAUUCCGUAAAGGAAAUUGUAGCCGAGGUGAUAACUGUGAGUUUGCACACGGGGUGUUUGAAUGUUGGCUUCACCCAACUCGGUACAGGACUGAAGCAUGCAAAGAUGGGAAAAACUGCAAACGCAAGGUUUGUUUCUUUGCACAUACUCCACGUCAACUUCGUGUUCUGCCACCUAGUUGUCACGAAAGUAGUGGUCCUGGUUCAUCUCCAAGAAACUCUCCAGUUGAGAAAAAGUACAGAAAUCUUAACCAUUGCUGUAUGUUUUGUCACUCUGUUUCUGCUUCUCCUACAUCUACUUUAAUGGGUAUGUCACAUAUGUCGCCGCCUAUGUCUCCAUCUCUGUCGCCGCCACUUUCCCCAGCAAAAACUCAGUUCUCAUCACCUAUGUCACGUUACAGUGAUCGUUUUGGGAGUGUAGAAUCAUCAUGUGGAAUGGGUCAGCUGGAUCAUGCUGGAUUAAUGAGUUACAAGGAUGCACUUACUGAAUUGGUUAGCUCUUUAGAAGCUAUGAAUGUGAAUGCGAAUCAUGAAGCCAAUUCUUCUUCUUCUUCAGCUGCUGCUGCUGCUGUUAAUAAUUUUGAUGGGAAAUUACCAUGGUUGGAUGUGAGUUUCAACAACAAUAAUAUUAAUAAUUAUGAUGAUCAACAUCAGUUUCUUCUUUCUCCUUAUUCAACUCCAUCUCCAAGUCCAGUUUCUAGUUCAAGAACCAAGUUUUACACUAGGGAUUUUCCAUCUCCUAGUCCAGUUUCUAGCUCCGGGUUGAGCUUUAGUCCAGUUUCUAGCUCCAACAUGAGCUUUGUAGAAGAUACCAAGAACAAUGCAACAAACAGAUACUACAAUGAGAAUGGAUUAGGUGGGCCAGAUUUUGGUUGGGUCAAUGAUCUCUUGACCUAAAAAAAAAUUAAUGGAGUUUAUGGGCCAGCCAUUAAUGGAGAUUUGUGGUCCUGCAAAAGGUGAAGAUGAUGAUGAUGAUAAAUUAUUAAGAUUUGAAGAAGAUUUUUGUAUAUACAAGUUCAAGUUCAAGUACUGUUUUUUAGCUGCUGCUGCUGCUAUUGCACCAUCCAUAUAUAUUUCAAGGGUAUAUCUUUGUAUAUAUGAGAUGGCCGAGGGGAGGAUGUGUUGCUGUUUAAUUUACUAAUCGAAAGCUUAUUUAAUUUUUUUGCCUUAUUAAUCAAUGUAAGAAUUCUGAGUCGUCUGUCAAUUAAGAUGUAAUUGUCAUUUUCAUUUUGUUGGAAAGUGAGAGUGAGUUGUGGAGUCAAUUGUGUUAUAUUCAAGUUUGAUGUGAACCAAUUGUUUGUUA